AUGAAGAAAAGUGGUCAUGGUACCAUCUGGCAUUAUGAGAGUAUUGUAGAUCAUAGCUGCAACUUCCACAAUGCAUCCCUGACCCUUGACCCCGCUUCCGACAAAGGGUACAGCUUCGUUCGGACUCUGACCAAGGGCGCCACAGCUUUCAUCUAUGUGUUUGACUGCCUAGACGAAGACAGGGCCAAUCUCGACGUCUGCGAACGCCUGGACACGAACACACUCGAGGGCGAGAACGUCGAGGGGAAGAACUUCAAGGGCGACUGGCAGAGACUCCAUUUCGAGAGAUUCGAGGUUUCGGAGCGCAGCAUCGCAGUCCUGGUCGUGGGCGAUUUCCUGGAAGUAUUUGAGACGAAGAACAAUCCAGUAUUGAGGAUCAACAAAACCAAAGGAAUGGAGUUUGCAACCGAUUGCAAGGACUCCCUUACGAAUGUCUGUCUCAGCUGCGAACAGCCUGCAGAAGCUCCUCCCGACGUCGCUACCACAGAACCCACGCCGGGGGGUGACAGCGUGUGGCUCCCCGUGGCUGUGGCGCUGCUCGUCCUCCUGGCUAUCGUGGCCUUGGUGUCCGUGGCGGUCUGCUUCAGGUUGAGAAGGAGAGCCUCGUCGCAGGAGCCCGAAGCCCUUCGGCAGUCCAGCGCGUGUGCUCAGCCCGCCCUUUCCUCGUCGCCCUCGCCCUCUCUGGCCGAGGGCAAGUCGCCCCUCGGCCAGAGGUACUCGACGCUCCUCGCUUCGGACGCCGUUGCCGUUCCGAACGGGCGUUCCAAGGGCGGAGGCGGAGGUCACCGGAGCCAAGCCUCGCGGGACCUGAGCGGACUUCCUGACCUGGCUCCUCCUCCUCUCCCCUCCACCUCGCCCCCCUCCCUGCCCCACCACCCCGACGGUGCUUCACCCCCAACGGAAGCCGCCGACGUCAGGAGGACUUUAGAGUGGCAGGACAACGCCUGCCACGGGGACGCGAAGGACCCGCAGGAGGCCCCCUGGUCGGGCGCCGACGACGGGGAAGGCGACUACGCCGACCCGAAGGAGCUGGAGACGCCGCCGUGGCUCCGCAUCCAGGGCGCCGCCGACGACGAGGACCACGACUACGCCGACCCCAGAGAGCUGGAAAAGCCUGCGUGGCUCCUCGCCCAGGACGACGACGAGGACCACGACUACGACUACAUCGACAGGGACGCCCUCAGGAUCCUGCUGGGCAAAGACAAGGAGGAGGCGCAGCGGAGGAGCCUGGCCGCAGAGGAGGGGCGGCUCUCGAGUCACGACUCCGAGAACUCGCUCUACGAGGAGAUGAAGGCCCUCGAGGCGGCCAGGGAGACGAGCGCGCUGGAGGAACGGAGGCGGAGAGAGCGGCAACAAAGAGAGGAACAAGAACAACAAAAACAAGAAAUACAGGAAGGUAAACAAGAACAACAAGGAGAUGAAGAAGAGAAACGACAACAAAAGACAGUGGAAGAACAAGAACAGAACGAACAAAUGAAAGAUUCCGAGCAGGAAAUUUUGGAGAGUGUGAAACUUUAGAGACAAAGUCGUAAAUGUAUGUUUACAUAUAUAUAUAUAUAUAAUAUAUAUAUAUAUAUAUAUAUAUAUAUAUAUAUAUAUAUAUAUAUAUAUAUAUACUGCAUAUUUAUAUGUAGGUAUGUACGUGUAUGUGAUUCUAUAUGACUCCGUAUCCUAUAUGUUAUUGGAAGACCAUAUACUCUAACAGUCUGAAGUUCCGUCAUUUCGUUAAUGUCCUUAUGCCAGUCGCUGCAAUAUAUGUAAGAUAUAUCGUAACAUACCAUACAUUCCGCCGACUGUGACGCAAUACAUAGACGGAUAGGUGGCCUUCCCUUGCCCAGUUGGCGCCGUUUCCCGAGGCCCUCUUGUAUCUCGCCCCUUCGUUGAUGUCCGCGUGAAUUUUGAUAUUUGUGUUGCUUUGUUGUAUAUAUGUGUACAUGUGUGUUUGUUUUAUUAUAUCGGAAGAUUAUACGUGAUGAAAGGUGUUUAAGGUUUAAGGUUUAAAAGCUGUGAAAUUAU